CUCUUGACAUCCAUUAUUAUGCUUUUUCAUGCACAGAAUCACACUGAGAUGCACAAGUCAUUCAUUUCUUCUUCUGUUGGUACAGUCAGUAGGUGGCACUAGUGACGUUUGUGAAGCUCCAUAAAAGCCAAUAAAGAAGAAGCUAUUACGUGCAGAUCCCGCCUGAUUGACAGAUUGCUAUCCAAUUACUAACAUGGAGCAACAGAUUUCCACCAAUCAAGCUUUGCGUUCCUCAAUGAACAUGCAAUUUGAAGAUGGUAUAUUCAUCAAAGACUACAUCAGGAUGAUGGCGUAUAUGAUUGUGCUGUGUUUCACACUGGCAAUUUCUUUAUCGUUUUGGGUCCUGUCCAUAACUGCCAGCACAUAUUAUGGUACUCUGCAGCCAGUAUCUCCAUGGCGGUGGCUGUUUUCAGUGCUUAUCCCUCUUUUCAUCACAUUUCGAGCCUUUAAACGUAGGAAUCUUGAUCAUGGUGGUGCCAUAGGAGCGAUGCUGGUUGGCUUUGUUCUUUCUAUGGCCAACAUGAGCUUUUUUGGAGCUUUGUUAACCUUUUUUGUCACAUCCAGCAAACUAACCAAAUGGAAGGGAGACAUCAAAAAACAAACUGACUCAGAUUAUAAAGAAGGAGGCCAGAGGAACUGGUUGCAAGUUUUCUGUAAUGGUGGAGUUCCUACUGAAUUGGCCCUGCUUUAUAUGAUUGAAGCUGGUCCUGGAGAAAUACCUGUGGAUUUUGGGAAGCAAUAUUCUGCUUCAUGGAUGUGCUUAUCACUCUUAGGAGCCCUGGCUUGCAGCACAGGGGACACCUGGGCUUCUGAGGUUGGUCCUGUGCUUAGUAGAAGAAAGCCCAGGCUCAUCACAACCUGGAAAGAUGUCCCAGCAGGUACCAAUGGCGGAGUCACUCCUGUUGGAUUAGUGGCCAGUGUUUUGGGUGGAGGCACAGUGGGUACAGCGUACUACUUCAUGCAGCUCCUGUUGGUAAAAGAUUUGAAUUUCACAGUUCCUCAGUGGCCUCUCAUCUUGUAUGGAGCAAUAGCUGGUCUGUUUGGAUCUCUGCUGGACUCAUUCCUUGGUGCAACCAUGCAGUAUUCAGGAUACGAUGAAUCCAUCGGGAAGGUUGUGAGUUAUGAGUCACCAAGUGUUAAAAGAAUAAGUGGGAAACCCAUCCUGGAUAACAAUGGAGUGAAUCUGUUCUCUUCUGUCCUCAUAGCACUGUUCCUGCCUGGGUUUGCUUGGAUAUUCUGGCCUAGGCACUGAAUCAUGUGAUUUUAUUGUGUUUCAUGACCACUUUUUUUUUUUUAUUUAAUCAAGCAUAUUGUAAACUCCCAGUGUCUUUGUUUCUGCACAUUAUAAUAAGAUUUGAAAAUCCCUUACAAUCCUAACCUUCAAAUUAACCCUCAAGUUAAUUAUAUUAAUCUUGAAAGUCUGUCAGUGGCACAUACUGACUCUCCAAGUAUUCCAUUAUGUGUGCUGACUUUGAAAAGACUUGUGAUGGCAAAUAGGCCCAAAUGUUUAAGUAUUACAGCACAGUACACAGAGCUGUAAAGUUACAGACUACUAUAGUCAGGAAUAUUUUCUAAGCCACUACAGUUCAAAUCACUUCAUUACAUGUACGCUAUGCAGUUUGUGUAUC